AUGGAUCACGACGACUUCGAUAGCGUCUCGUGGCGCCAUGGGCCGGACAGCGAUGUCUCCCGUCCUACUACUUCAGGAACCGAUGCAGAAGAAACCCCAGAGUCACGUCAUGAUCCCAACGGCAAACGGAGAAUGAGCUCGGCGAGCGAGACGCCUCAGGCGGGGCCGCUGGCUGACGCCUUAGAUCUCGCAGGUAUAGGAGAUGGAGUGCUGGAGUGCCGGGUGGAUUCGCCUAUAAAGGAGAACGAUGGCACCAAAGAUGCAUACAUUUCGUACUUGGUGACAACGCAUACCGACUUCAAAUCGUUCCAGAAAUCAGAUUUCACGGUGCGACGGCGGUUCACAGACUUUUUCUUCCUAUACAAGACGCUCUACCGAGAAUACCCAGCAUGUGCGGUACCGCCGCUGCCGGAUAAGCAUAAGAUGGAAUACGUUCGCGGAGAUCGAUUCGGACCCGAGUUCACCUCGCGACGGGCAUGGUCUUUACAUCGCUUCCUGAAACGCUUAUCGCUGCAUCCGGUUUUGCGUCGAGCUCCUCUGCUAGCUAUUUUCCUGGAGUCCCCUGACUGGAACGCGCACAUGCGACUGCGAUCGUCCCGCAACUCGACCAGUGGAUCGGAUGGCGGCGGAACAGGGAUCUUUGACAACUUCACCGACACGUUUGUUAACGCAUUCACCAAGGUUCAUAAACCAGACCGCCGAUUCAUUGAGGUGCGGGAGAAGGCGGACAAGCUGGACGAGGAUCUGACCCAUGUGGAGAAGAUCGUGGCCCGAGUCGCCCGACGGGAAUCUGACUUGGAGACGGACUACAAUGAACUUGCGACUCAAUUCCGCAAGCUUGUGCCCCUCGAGCCAGAUGUUGAGGUGCCGUUGCAGGUGUUCGCUGCCUCUGUGGAGGAAACCGCGCGGGGAAUCAAAACCCUCAAGGACCACACGGACCAGAAUUAUCUUGGCUCGCUUCGUGACAUGGAGGCUUACAUACUUUCGCUCAAGGCCCUCUUGAAAACCCGUGAGCAGAAACAGCUCGACUUUGAAGCAUUAGUCGAUUACCGCAACAAAGCGGUGGCGGAGCGGGACUCCCUCGCCGCAAACCCGUCUUCAUAUUACGCCUCAAACCCCCUCACCUCAUCACCGGCCUCGUUCAUCCGCUCUAAGAUGGAAGACAUGCGUGGGGUCGACCACGAACAGUCACGCCGGGAGCGCAUGCGGAAAUUAGAACUACGAAUCGACGAGCUCACGCGGGAAGUUGAAUCAGCCAAAACGACGUCUGAGAUGUUUGACGAAGAGGUAGUCCGUGAGGUGGCAGACUUUGAGAGGAUCAAAGCAAUCGAGUUCCGUGAUACCAUGGGCGAUCUCGCGGAGAAGCAUAUUGAGUUCUACCAAGGAGUUCUGAACACAUGGGAGCGAUUCGUUGCCGAAAUGGAGGGAGAUCUCGACGAGAACCUCGACACCUCUAAUGUCAAGUGA